AUGGAUCAAGCUAACUCCCCCAUCAAUCCAAAGAAUGGUUUCAACUCCAUAACCAAGACUUUCCAUAGCCUUAGACCUCCGAUUCAUCUCCCUCCAGAGGAAACUCCCUUCUCAGCAGCUGAAUAUGCUCUCUCCCUCCAUGCCAGCUACUCUUCUUGGCCUGAUUCAGUAGCCAUAAUCGACUCAUCCACAGGCCAAAAACUUUCCUGCUCAGACUUCAGUAAAAGAACCAAAUCCUUAACCCUGUAUCUCCAAAAUGUCAUUCAACUGUCCAAAAAUGACACUGCCUUUGUCCUCUGUCCGAACUACAUUAAAGUUCCCAUUCUUUACUUCUCUCUUCUCUCACUUGGUGUAGUAAUCUCUCCUGCGAACCCCAUGAGCACUGAAUCAGAGCUUUCACACCAAAUCAAUCUCUCUAACCCAGUAAUCGCCUUUGCCACAUCAGAAACAUGUCACAAGCUCCCGAAGUUGAAACACAGAACCAUUCACCUUGACUCACCUGAGUUUGACUCGAUAAUCACCAUGUUUCCCGCAGCAGCAUCUCAUCAAGAACUCGGAAAGGUUAAAGUGAAUCAAUCGGAUUUGGCAGCGAUCAUGUACUCAUCAGGCACCGCAGGGAAAGUCAAAGGAGUGAUGCUGACUCACAGAAACCUCAUGGCUGUCAUUGCAGGAUACUAUCCAUUUAAACAAGAGAGGAAAUCCCCUACUGUGAUGCUCUACACGGUGCCUUAUUUUUCACCGGUGGUGAUGGAGAGGUUUGAUAUGAAGAAGAUGCUGAGAGCUGUAGAGGAGUUUGGGGUGACUGAGCUGGCAGUGGCACCACCGGUGGUUGUAGCAAUGGCAAGGAGUGCUUUGACAGACGGUUAUGAUUUGAGGUCGCUGGAGACGGUGGCGCUCCGCUUGGUCUUCAAUGGCGUCAUGCAAGAAAGCCGCCGCUGGGGCUCGGUAGGAAGGAUUACGGCCGGUUGUGAAGCAAAAAUUGUUGAUCCUGAUACAAGUUAUGCCUUGCCUCCUGGGAAGCGAGGAGAGCUUUGGAUUAGAGGAUCCACAAUAAUGAAAGGUUAUGUUGGUGAUCCUGGAGCAACUUCUACUACCUUGGAAUCAGAUGGCUGGUUGAGGACAGGUGAUCUUUGUUACAUUGAUGAAGAGGGUUUUGUAUUCGUUGUCGAUAGGCUGAAGGGACUAAUCAAAUACAAGGGAUAUCAGGUUGCUCCUGCUGAGCUAGAGCAGUUGCUCCAGUCCCACCCAGAGAUAGCUGAUGCUGCAGUGAUACCAUACCCUGAUGAGGAAGCUGGUCAGGUGCCCAUGGCUCUUGUGGUGAAACGGUCCCAGAGCAGAAUCAACGAAAGAAGCGUAAUAGAUUUUGUUGCAAAACAGGUUGCACCAUUCAAGAAAGUAAGGCGUGUAGCAUUUAUCAGUUCCAUACCGAAGAGUGCAGCAGGAAAAAUAGUGAGAAAGGAAUUGAGAAAGAUGGUUCAGAUUCCUUUGCCUUCAUCGAAAAUGUAA